GAUGGGCCCGCGAGCCGUGGUGCCGGCCCGCGUGGCCGCGCGCCGCGGCCGUGGCGGCCCUGCUGCUGCCGGCGCUGGGGCUCUGCCUGCUGCUGGACGCGGCGGGGCGGCCGCUGCUGGAGGCGCGCGUGCGCCGUCACUGGUGGGGCCGCGCCGAGGCGGGCUGCUGGCUCGCGGAGCGCCGCUGCGCGCCCGCCGCCGGCGCGCAGGCCGCCGAGCUGGCCGUGUGGAGGCACGGCCCCGAGCUCGUCGCCGAGGCAGACUGCCUGCGCGCCGCCUCGCAGCGGUGGAUCGCCUGCGCGGGCCGCGACGGCGGCACGGUGGCCGUCUCGUUCCGGCCUACGGGGCAGAGCAGGGUGAUGCCCGACUACGCCCAGCAGGACCCGGAGCUGGUCGGCGACAUCUGGGGGGCCGAAGAGGGCUGCCGCGCCCACCUCGGGGCAGACGAACGUCGGGGACAGGAAACCCUGACCAGACCAAGAGGGUUUUUUUUUUAA